AUGGUAGAAGGUGGGCCAACACAGAAGACAUUCAACUUAGAUCUUCACAUAAAGUAACUCUGCAUCAAGGUCACAGAGCCUACUGUAAUCACUAUUACCUGGCAAAGAGGUGGGUAUUUCUCAUAAAAAGCAUAAUAUUCUAAAAAAAUAUAUACUAAUCGAAAUAAUAGGUCCUAAAAAAGCAAACACUAAGAUAAAUAGUCUUCUUUCACGAUAAAUGGAAACACAGGCAAGGGCUUAUUGGGAGAAGCAGAUUUGAAUCUUAGCGAUUAUCAAGAGAAUGAAUUCAGAUAUAUGAAGCUCCCUCUCAGAAAUUGUUCUGACCCAGAUGCAUACCUAGAAGUAGGUCUUAAAGCAACCCAGGCACGUGAAAAGAAAACUGAUACCCCCAAGGCAUCUCAAUCAGCAUCUGGCUAGAAAGAUAACGAAGCCAGUAAAGAAUAAAUGAUCCAAAUACUAGAUGACAUGGAUAAAGAAAGAAAACUCUAAAAGAAAAAUAAGCAAGAGUACGACGAGAAGAUUCGCGGACUCAAUGAGAAGAUCAAUAAUCUCCAGACUACCCUUGAAAAUACUAAGACUGACUUGACUCAUCUUUAGAAGCAGCAAAAGGGACUUUCAUAAGAAAAGGAGGUUAUGUCCAAGGAUAUCGACAUUUUGAAACUUAAAAUUGGGCAGAAAGAGGAUGCUGUUCAUGAAAAAGAGAAAGACAUUAAGGACUAGCAAGUAAAGCUCAAGAAUAUUCAAGGUGACUACGAUAAAAUUCAUAAUGAAAUUGAGGCAUAGAAAAAUGUUAAGGAUCAAGAGGUGAAAGACUUGCAGGCUAAGAUUGAUCAGACAUUCCUGGACUUCAAGAAACUCUACGAUUUUGACAAGUUUGAUACAGACUACUUGGGCUGCAUAAACACUCUAUUCGCCAAUACUGCAGCACCCUCCAGUACUAUAGCAGCACCUACUACAAUACCCAGAAGAGAGAGCGUUAAGAAAUGA